AUGACGGCCACAUUUCCUUACACGCUCAUCGCGUGUCCUUGCACCUCAUUCACGUCGCCUUCGACCAUCAACCCAUCAUCCGUUGAGGACCCCGACGAUGACACAACCUUCAAUCCUCACCACAUUCGCGCCAAUUUCUCACUAUACCCUUAUGAGCAAUUGCUCUAUUGUGACGAAUGCCACCAAAUCAGAUGUCCAAGAUGCUGGACUGAGGAAAUCCUGAACUGGUUCUGUCCGAGCUGUCUUUUUGAAGUUCCUAGUAGUGUGGUCAAAAGCGAUGGUAACAGGUGUACGCGUAACUGCUACAGUUGUCCAACUUGCACCUCUCCACUGUCAAUCAACGGUCUAGAUUCUUCAACAAAGGACCAUCUGGCUCCUCCGGACGCUAAUCAGCCGACUGGCCCCUUCUUCUUGUCGUGCCCCUAUUGUGAAUGGUCAUCGUUAGAUGUUGGUAUUCAAUUCAACAAGCCCACCAAAAUCACCGAUCAGCUGGUCAGGAUGCGCUCAGGAAACCGUUCUCCCUCACCAGGCAGAUCCAGAUCUACUAGGACUAGUCUUGCACCUACAGAUGAGCUAUCUUCAACAGAGCCACAUUCAACUCCUCCCUCCUCUCAACCAUCGCAGGAUAGGUUUGCAACCUUGAGCCGCUUCUACAAAGAUCAAAUGGCAGAUGCCUCUAGUGCUGGUCCGACAGGAUACUCGGACAAUAGCAACUUCAACUCUCCCAACAGUCUAGCGCGUAUCAUGAGUAUCUAUGGUGGUCUGUCUCACGCCGCCCUGAAGAAAGCACGCGAAAGACCCCAGCCCAUGCGUGAGGCUCUGGAUGCGGCGGAGGGCCUUGAAUUGCUAUCUCACUCGGAUGAUGCUGAAGCAACAGUGAUUGACAAGCUCCGCACUGAGGGCUACGAGGGAACAACAACCUUGACGCAGAGAGUCAGUCAUCCUUACAACCACCGUGUACGCUUCACCGACCAUCUUUGGCCCACUGCCACACUUCUACGGACACGUCGCAGUAAGCGUUGCCGCACUUGUCGACAUAUCAUCGCUCGUCCAGAACCCAAGAUGGGAAACACGCGCUACAAGAUUCGUUUACUGGCACAAAACAACAUUCCACGCUUGGCUUUACGUCUUCUCUCACCCACAGCUUCGUCAGCUCCUGCAUCCUCAUUCGCACUUACACCCGCAGCGCUGCAAGCCCAGCACAACACAGAGUAUGAGAAGUUGAGACCAGGAUUGCCUGUGCAGUUCCUACUCACACUAACAAACCCGCUAUUCGAGCCUGUAAGAAUUACAUUGGCGACACCUGCUACGACACCUGGCAACGUAGCAUCUCGCGUCACGGUCCUCUGCCCGACGUUUCCCAUAGGUGCUGCGAGCGACAUGUGGGAUCCAGAUGCCAUUUCCAGUGGCACGGCAAAGGAUCAAUCUACAGAAGACAGACAGCCAGAGGCAGGAAAAGUGUGGGAAAGGGGUCGCAAUUGGACCACGGUGGUUGUAGAGGUGGUGCCUGGUAGACUUGACAAAAAAGCAGGAAGCACGACAGAGAGCACGACUGGGGACGAGAGCAAGGGCGCAGAUGAUGAUAUGCUCGAGAUUCCUGUUUUCAUACGUGUGGAGUGGGAAGCAGAAGUCACGGCUGAAGACGCUGCAGCAACAGGAGCAGCCAAAGGCACCAAGGAGAGCAGAGAGAUUGCCUUUUGGAGUGUUUUGGGUGCGGGCAGGAUCACUGAGCUCUAG